GGCCGUUCCUGGCGCUGGGGCGGGUGGCUGCGCAGGGCCCGCCCCUCAUGGCGCCGUUCCCCUGACGGGUUUCCCCGGUAACUGACAACAGCCGCCGGUCCCGCCCGAGCCCCUCGGCCCGGCGGCGCUGCCUCUGACCGAGCCCCCAGCGAGGCGACUACCCCGUGUCCAGAGUCCCACAAGCAGGCGGGCGCUUCCCCUGUGCCAGGGCUCCGCGGCGGGAGCAUGGCCACGCAGAGCGCCCCGGAGGGCGCCUGUGGGCCCCCGCCCCGGCCGGCGCAGCCCGGCAAACCUGCCAGGUAUAUAUCCAAAUAUAGUGAACAUGUGAGACGUGAAGCAGAGAAAAAUAAAUCUCAGUGGAAAACUAUGGGGCCAGCAAAAGUUGCAGUGCCAUCUCCAAAUGAUUUUCUGCAGAAACAUUCCAAGGAGCCCAAGCUAGCACCAAAAAAAAAAGAACAGGAGGGUGAAAAAUUGCUUCCAUUAUCAGUGCCAGGGAGGACAUACCACCCAGUUACUCGCAUUAAAAAGAAUUUUAUAUAUAAAAAUGCAGUUGCUGUUAUCAAAGGGGAGCCCAAAAAGCCUCGACAUUUUUGUGUUGAUACAAGACAGGGAGAUAAAUAUCUCCUUGAACCUUCAGGACUUUUUCCAAAAUACAUUAGAAAAAAGAAUUAUGGUGUUAUACCAAAAUAUGUGACACGGAGAAAUGAAGAAAUGAAGAGAGAGGAGGAAGAAUAUCAGGCCAGUGUUUUGGAGCAACUCAAGAAGAAAGCCUUGAAAACUCUGUCUGAAGAAGAAAGGACAAAUAUUCUGAAGGCACUGAAAAAGAACUGGGAGGAAAUAAAUCGUGCAUUUCAGACUCUUCCAAUACUAACAGACACCAGGUACAAGAAGAUGCAUAAAGAAGAGCUGGAAUUAAAGCUGAAACAACUGGAGCAUGACAUAGCAGCAAUCGAGAAGCACAAAACUAUCUACAUUGCAAACGUGUAAGGAUUGCUGUUCAGAUACUUCCUCUUUUCUCCUUUUUCUCUAUCCCUGCAUCUCCAAAAAGUUCCUCUCUAAAUUCUCAGAAGAUGCUACUGUCAAUUAUUUAAAAGGAAAUACUAAGUAUGUAACUUCUUAGAAAAGUUGUUACAUAUAACUCUCAUCUGUACAAUUCCCAAAACAUUUUGAAAUAAAAUACUUAACUAAACUUUGAGUAUGAAUAAUGAAUUUAAUUUAUUAUUCUUUAUAUUUUUUAUUAAUUACUGAGGUUUCUAUAAACAUCAUACAGAAAGCACAUAAAACACUGUUUGGAGUACAUCUUUCCUUGCCUAGCCAAAACAAAGGGAAAUAAUUGACUGCUGAAGACAGUUUGGUAAAUAUAACUUCAGGAUGGAAUGGCUUCUGGACUAUAUAUUAAAGAGAUGUUGUGCUUUACUUAAAAGCUUGAGUGCUUGUAUUUCUAAACAGCUUGGCUUCUGCAUAACAUUUUGUGUACUCAUUUUUUGUUACCAAAACCAAUUUUUAAUGUGGAAAUGUGUAAUAAUACAGACUUCACACAAUACAGAUACCACAUGUAUUUUUACAAGUACAUAAUUCUGUAAUACUAUAGUAAAUCUACAAUUAAAUUAGAAAAAUGUGUUUUGACUGGAAUUAUGUGUGUGCUGUUAGAAUGAAAGCAAUAUACAAGCAUCUGAGUCAAGACUUAAACAAAAACUGUAUCAGCACACUUGCAAUUGUUUGCAUAGAAGGAAAAAAUGUUUUUCUUUGCUACUGCUUAACCUUUGCUUCAUAGAAUUGUAGAUACGGUUUAGAUUAGAAAAGAUCUUUUUCAGCCUCUCAGAACACAGCUUUUUCUAUAUGGUAUCAAUCACUACUACCAGCAGCUGUUGUGACAUCAUCAUAUCUGACAUCAGCAAAGGAUAAAGUAAAUUUGAAAUUAACUAUGAAAAGCCAAAUGUUCCCAUACAUUAAAUUCCUUUCCUAAAUUUGUCAGGGAAUGGCUUUGGAGAUUUCACCAUGAUUCUAGGCUGUAUUUUUUGUGCAUAUUAUACUUGUCAAUGACAUGCACUAGGAAUGUGUGGGGGAGCAAAAAUAUGUAUUUUCUUAUUUCUACCUUAUUUUUGAAGGAUGUAAGCUGGACAAAAGCUCCAGAUUUGAAAAAUGUAGACUUAAUAUACUUCUUACUCGAGACUGACACACUGUAUAUUUUAACAAAACUACACUUAAUUAUUAGCAUUUAAUAAUAUGUGAUAAUAUCUUCUAGUGAAGUACCUGAUGCCCCUUUUAAGAAAUUCAGUGUAAUCAGAAAAGGCUGUUCCUUAUGACUUGAAAAAAAAGGAUUUGACUCCAAAAGAGCGUGCAUUCCCACUGCCUCCCUCUCAGCUUUUACUUGCAGACUGGCUGAUUUAGGUUAGGAUCUGUAUUUGGUUCUUCCAUUUAUCAUCAGUGCUAACUUUAUGGAAAUGUAAAAUAGAUGGUGGCCUAUCUCAAAAUUUGAGAUGAGCAGCUAGGCCAGACUUAGAAACAUUCAUCAUUCACCAGUAGAAAUGACUACUUUUUAAAAUUGUCGUAAGUACAUUAAUAUAGGAAAUUAGGAAGUGAAUGGGAAGGGAUGCAAAAAGUAUUCCUGCUUAAGGGGAAGAGACAAAAGCCAGUGUCUUUCUGUAGCUGAGUGGACUGUCACUAGUGACUUUCAACAGUGCUGUGGCAUUUUUUUCCUGAGCCUCAUUAUAGCCCUUUGCAGGUAGCUCUGCUGCAUGUUGCCCUCAUGAGACAUUGAAUUGCUUCUGACACCCUAUGGAGGGGCUGUACUCCUUUCUGGUGUGUAUUCCAUGGGACCUGCCAACACCGCUGAUUAUGGAAAAAAAUAUAAUUAAAAUAAUUGAAAAUGUACGCAGAAGGAUAAUAUUCUUACCCUUUAGCUCUCUUUGGAAAGUUUGACAAAAUAAAUUUACAGAAUCCAAACAAUGUACCUCUGUGUUUAUAUGUUUAGGAAAUGCCAGUAAUUGAAAAUAUGAUGUUCAUGAAUCAACUAAUAUAUACCAUUGGUAUAACAAAAUGAAAUAGGUGAAUAAACUCAAUUGUUCUGAUAGAA